GGAGCAGAGGAUGAGGAGGAGAUGAGCUGAAGACACGCUGGGAGGACAACUGCUUUAUCCAGGACCAGCACCAUGCUCAGUCUACUGCGCCCCCUACUGGCCGCCUGCGGGUACCUGCUGCUGCCCGGCGCACAGGGCUGGAGCCCCGGGUACAGCAACGGCUUCCACUACCAGGACAUCAGCAACGGGAACGGGAACGGAGAGAUCUUUUUCAACGGGGUUCGCCUCCACGUGGAAUCCCCGCAGCAUUCAGUGUCAGCCACCAGGGGGAGCAGUGUCACGCUCCCCUGUCACUACCACUACGAGCCCGAGCUGGCCGCCCCGCGCAGGACCAGGGUCAAGUGGUCCUGGUUGCCCACCAACACCGUCAACGCGCCCAUCUCCACCGAGGCCUUCGCCAGGGAAACAGAGGUCAUGGUCGCCAUGGGCAACCGUCACCGCAGCUACGGCAGCUUCAGGGGACGCGUGCGCCUGCGUCGCUCGGCGCCGGGCGACAUGUCCCUCGUGAUCAACGAGCUGCAGCUCAACGACACGGGGAGAUACCGGUGUGAGGUCAUCGACGGCCUGGAGGACGAGAGUGUGACGGUGGAGCUGGAGCUGCGGGGCGUGGUGUUCCCCUACUACUCUCAGAAUGGACGCUACCAUUUCAACUUCUUCGGGGCCCAACAAGCGUGCCGGGACCAGGAGGCCUCUCUGGCUACAUUUGAGCAGCUCUUCUCAGCGUGGGAGGAAGGGUUGGACUGGUGCAACGCCGGCUGGUUGGCCGACGGCACCGUGCAGUAUCCGAUCACAGCGCCACGUGACGGCUGCGGGGGCGUGGACUUAGCCCCCGGCCUGCGAAGCUACGGGCCGCGGCACCGCCUCCUCUACCGCUACGACGCCUUCUGCUUCUCCGCCUCGGUCAAGGGGACCGUGUACUUCUUAAAGCACCAGACCAACCUCAACUUCACAGAGGCGGUCCAGGCUUGUGCCAGUGAUGGAAGUCAAAUUGCCAAAGUGGGCCAGAUGUACUCCGCCUGGAGGCUGAUGGGAUUGGACCGCUGUGACGCCGGGUGGUUGUCCGAUGGGAGUGUCCGUUAUCCCAUCACGAGGGUUCGGGCUAACUGCGGCCCACCAGAACCAGGCGUGCGUAGUUUUGGGUUCCCCCCUCUGUACCUGAAAUUUGGCGUCUACUGUUAUCGGUAGACGCCUCGGCUCGACACAAGACACAAACAAACCAUUUACGAAACGGCGCAAUGGUUCAAAGCGCUGCUUGAGAGGUUAGCAUUAGCUGUAGCCUGAGAGCUAAUUAGCCAGUUUGUUCAUUUCUGUUUUAAAGGUCAUUUGGGUUUUUAUCACAUUUCAUCUCCGUAAACCUGUAACUGAUCAGCAGACUAUUGAACUUUUACUUCCAGUCAACACCUACGUACAACCAUCAUGUGAUGCCACUUGUACUCAAACACUUUAUGGCCAGAAGUAUGCGGGCACACAAACAUUACACCCACGUCUCAUUGCAAAACCAUUAAUAUGCUGCUACGAAAGCCUCCACUCUUUUAAGGAAGGCUUGCUGCAAGAUAUAGGAACCAGUCUGCAGGACAUUUGCUGUCAUUCAGUCACAACAUCAUUAGAUGAUGCAGCGAUCAGGCGUUAUAGUUCAUCCUAAAGUUGUUAAGGUCAGGGCUCUGUGCAAGCCAGUCAAGUUCCUCCCCACCAAGAUUUUAAAAUGUGCGUUUUCAUGUUAAAAUAGUAAAGGAAAACUGUUGGAAGCUCAUUGUUGGGAUUAUAUAUCUUUUUCUGUAGCAUUAAGAAUACCCUUAAGAAAACUAAGGGUAACUUGUCCUUACCACGAAUAAACAACCCCACAUUAAAAGUGCACCAGCAGUGUCCACAUAUUAUUGGCCAUAUCGUGUAUAAUGUCUCUACUAUAACAGCAUCCUGCAGAAAAAGAGAACAACUUUCCAUAGUUUGAGUGUAGAUGCGUUUUUUUCCCUGCACGUUUUCCUUACAGAUCCAAUCCAGUUUAUUGGGCUUCAAAUUAUUUGGCAGUUGUUUUUCUUCAAAACUAACUAAAUCAGAAAAAUGUUCCUAAUCAAAUCAAACCACUGCUCUCCAACCAUACCUCAGUCCUUCAUCUAUUCUGUAUUUAUUCAGUGUUCACUCUGUCAGUUUUCAACAGAGCCCUUCAGAACAUUUAAACAAACAUUUAAACAUACAAUUUUCAUAUUACAACCCUAAUCUUUUGGGUUAAGUGCCUUGCUAUGAGGCACUUUGAUGGUUGAGGAAGUGGAGAGUGUUUCUCAUUAUGUUCCCGUCAGAGCUUUUCAAAUGGUCCAAGGUUGUCCUCUCACCAACUGUAUGUAACUCUUUUCUGUCUUUCUAAUGCUGUGAAAUAUACUGGAGUCUCUGCUUGUCUCCUUUAAUGUCUGUGUAUCCGGUUUUAUAAAGUAUAAUGUAUCUCUUUUUCAUUUUUCUGGGUGAUUAAGAGUAGUGAAAGCAGAAGUAAAGAGUGAGUACCUGUAUUGUUGUAAUAUUUAAACUACCUUGUUUACGAUGUUGUGGAGGAAGAAACAGUGUUUUAUUCAGACAUGUAUCUGUUCUUUUGUUUUGUUUUUCAUUAUAUAUGUCUACGCAUUUGUACUAUUUUCUACAAAUUAAU